AUGUCGCAGCUAAGUAAGAACCUGGGUGACUCCAGCCCUCCCGCAGAGGCCCCCCAGCCGCCUGUCUAUAGCCGCCCCACGGUUCUGAUGCGUGCCCCGCCUGCCUCCUCCCGGGCUCCUCCAGUCCCUUGGGAUCCUCCUCCAAUGGACUUGCAGGCGGCGUCCCUGGCCGCUUGGCAGGCAACCCAGCCUGCCUGGGAGGCUCCGCCGGGCCAGCUGCCAGCCCCGGUGGCUCCACUGGCCCAGCCUCCUGCCCUUGGGGGUCUGGUCCAGGCUCCUCCGCUGGGGGGCCCAAUGGGCAAGCCUCCGAAUCCUGGAGUCCUGAUGGUUCAACCUCCGCCUCCUCCAGGAGCCCCGGUGCCCCAGCCUCCCACCCCGGGAGUCCUGAUGGUGCCUCCUUCUGCUUCCGGAGCCCCUAUAGCCCACCCUCCUCCUCCUGGGACCCCACUGUCCCACCCUCCUCCUCCUGGGACCCCGUUGGCUCAUCCUCCCCCGCCUGGGACCCCGAUGGCCCACCCUCCUCCUCCGGGGACCCCAAUAGUCCCUCCCCCGCCUCCAGGGACCCCAAUAGUCCCUCCCCCACCUCCGGGGACCCCAAUAGGGCACCCUUCAACACCGGGGACUCCGAUGGCACAUCCACCACCGCCGGGGACGCCGAUGGCUCAGCCUCCAGCUCCAGGAGUCCUGAUGGCCCAGUCGAUGACACCGGGAGUCCUGAUGGUCCAGCCACCUGCUCCAGGAGCUCCGAUGACCCAGCCUCUACCUCCAGCUGCUUUGAUGACCCAGCCUGCACCUUCUCCAGCCCUGAUGGCGAAACCUCCAGCUCCUGGUGUCCUGAUGAUGCAGCCUUCUGGUUCGAGAGUGACAGUCACCCAGCCUCCAGUCUCAGCAGCACUGAUGCCUCAACCAGUGACACCUCCUACACAGCCUGUUCCAUCUUGGGUCCCGCAGAAUCAGCCCCUGAUCCUGCAAAUCCAGUCGCAGGUCAUCAGGCCUCCUCCACAGAUUCCGCAGGGACCGCAACAUCCUCAGCUGCAGCUGCCGACAGUUCCAGGAUGGCAAGCCGCCUCAACCGGAUGGCAGGCACCUCUGCAAAGCUGGCAGGCCACGCCCUUGACCUGGCAGACCACACAGGUCACAUGGCAGGCACCCUCGAUAGCCUGGCAGGCACCACCACCCAUGCGCCAGGGGCCCCCACCCAUCCGCCCGGGCCCACCACCCAUCCGUCCUGGUCCCCCACCAGUGCCACGCCAAAUCCCACCUAUGAUGCACCAGGCACCACCUAUGAUGCGCCAGAUACCACCUGCAAUUCGUCAGGCACCACCGCUGAUACGCCAGGCACCUCCACCCAUCCGGUCUGCACAACAGGUCCUGACUACCCAGCCACAGCUCUGGCAUGGGCUUCCACCCCCACCUCCGCUUCGGCAGGCCCCGCACGCUCGGCUGAUGGCCUCACAGGUGCAGGGGGCACCGCAGGUGCCUAUGGCACCAAUAGUUACGCAGGUACCUGCGAUGCCGCCCAUUGGCCCACAGGUACCGCAACCAGUGCUGCCAACUCCGCUGUCUGUUCCACUUCCUGCUCCACAAGCUCAUCAUCAGGCUGUGUACUGCCCAUCCAUCAUCUGGCAGGCCCCCAAAGGCCAUCCACCGAUGCCACAUGAGCUGCCGACAUCAAUGGAGUUUCAAGAGGUGCAGCAGGCACAAGCUCUGGCCUGGCAGGCACCAAAGGUACCUACUCAUGUUCAGCAGGCCCUGUCUGCCCAAGAGGUCCAGGGGCAGCCCACCCGAAUCAUCCAGGUGGAGCAGCAGCCCUUUCGGGGGGCUUUGGCCUCCCAAAAAGGCCUGCAAACUCAGCUACCCACCCACCAGGCCCAGCCCACGGGCCCGCAGGCAGAAAUGCCAGCAAUACAACUCUGGCAAGGGCCACCUCCCACCUUGCAGGCCCAACCAGGAGCCCCUGUAGCAGGGGCAAAUUUUCCCAGGGAUGAGGCUAAAUCACUCAUGACUCCAGCAGGAGAAUGUGGGGCCUCUUCUUCAGAACCGAAAGGUUCUUCUAAAGAACGCAGGACCACUGCAAAAGCGAAAAAAGGUCCUCCAAAGGACCGUACGCUUUUUGCUGGCACUUUCUGUGCUCCAAGGGCAAUGUCAGCUUCCAGGGCACACUUGCCAAAUGCCUGGAAAUACUUGCCUACCACAUCAGACACCUUUCCUCCCACCUCGAGGGUGUUUCCAUCUACCUCCCACUUUCAGCCUGUCUCUUCUAAUGCCUUUAAUGGCCCAUCUGCCACCUCAGAGACCCUAGAGUCACUGCCACUUGCUCUGCAGUACCCAUAUGCCUGUGUAGAGGCUCUGCCUGCAGUUCCAUGGGUUUUGCAGCCUAAUGAGAAUGUCUCAAAUUCAUCCAAGGCUGAACCCAGCAUCCUGAUGGCUACAGAAGCUGCCCCCGCAGCAACCACCACUGUUCCUGAGACCUCGAAGGCUGUCGAACCACCACGUCGCUCGGGCAAAGCCACCCGGAAGAAGAAGCACCUGGAGCCUGAAGAAGAUAACAGUAGGCAUAGAAUGGACUCACAAGACUGGCAAAAUUCAUGGCCCUGGGAAAAUUCUAGUCUGUGUAACUGGGAGAUACCAAAUUCUGUCCAGGGAGUUUGGGGAGACUGGGAGUGCCCAAGCACUUCCUAUGGUCUGAGUAGCUGGGAGGGUCCUAGUAUCUCCAGGGUCCUGAGUGGCUGGGAAGGGCCCAGCACAUCCUGGGCACGGAGCAUCUGGGAGGGUCCGAGCACCUCCAGGGGCCUAGAUCAUGGUGAAGGCUCAGGUUUCCCUCAGCCCUUCAUUGCCUCUGAGGUUCCAUGUCUCUCCCACAGAUGCGGAGACAACCAGGAAGACCAAAGGGGAGAAACCCAGCAGUUCUCUCCAUUAGAUGAGAGAGCAAAUGCUCUGGUGCAGUUUCUCUUGGUCAGAGACCAAGAGAGGGUGCCAAUCCUGCGCUCAGAAAUGGUGAAUGUCGUCAUCCAAGAGUAUAAAGAUGAGUGCUUAGAAAUCAUCAGCCGUGCCAACACAAAGCUAGAAUGUAAUUUUGGUUGUCAGCUGAAGGAAAUUGAUUCUCAAACUCACUCUUACAUUAUCAUCAACAAUCUGGGGAACCCUCAGUGUGAUUUGCCAGCAUCUGUUAUAGACAAGCCCAAGUUUGGUCUCCUGAUGGUGGUGUUGAGCAUGAUCUAUAUGAAUGGCAACUGCAUCAGGGAGAAUAUGAUCUUUAAUUUUCUGUUCAAGUUAGGGUUGGAUGUUCGUGAGACAAAUGUUCUCUUUGGAAACCUGAAAACCCUAAUCACUGAUGUUUUUGUGAGACACAAAUACCUAGAAUACAGGCGGAUCCCUUGCACCAACCCAGCUGAAUAUGAGCUGCUUUGGGGACCCCGAGCAUUCCUAGAAACCAGCAAAUUGCUGGUCCUGAGGUUUCUGGCUAAGCUCCAUCAAAGAGAUCCUCAGUGCUGGCAAUUCCAUUAUCUUGAGGCACUGGCAGAGUUUGGUGUUCAGAACUCACGCGCGCAUGAGUCUGAAGCCAGUGAUGAUUCUGAUGACCCCACCAGCAGAAACCGUCCCAGUUAA